UUGGCCCGGGUGGCACCGCGAGGCCGAUCCGGGUGGCGCUCCCUUUUCUCCCUUUGGGGUCUCCCGGGCAGGCCCUGUCCGCCCUUCCUGUCUUCUUGGGCUUCUUUGGUCUCUCUCUUGGCAAUUGGACAUUUUGUAAUUUUAGGACUAGAAACCGUGCGAUCCAGUCGCCCAAUUCCCUCGUUUUACAGAAGCAACUGAAACUCAGAGAGGUUUUGAUUUGCUCAAGGUGACACAGCUUGUCACUGGCACAGCUGACCGUAGUCUCCAGACUUUCAGCACAAGGCCUUUUGUACAGUACAUCAAUGCGUGUUGAAAUCCUUGUUAUUUCGCUAUCUCGCAUUCCUUUGAUCUCAAGAGUAGAGAAGGUAACAGCUUCAGCUUCAGAAUCGUAGCGAAAAUUCUCCUGCCACUGACUGGCUGUUGUGACCUUGAGCGAGUAAACAUAACGGGUCCCACGUGAGCCGCGGGUAAUGAGACCUCACAAGGUUCUUGUGGUGUUGGUGUGCACAAUGCCUGGCGCACAGGAAGCAAGAACUGGUAGCGGCUGCUAGCGUUAGGGGCUCGCCACGGAGAGGGCUCAAGAUGCUGGCACACUGGGGAAGGAUCUGGGAAGGACACCUGGGGAAGUCAGAAAUCCAGAGUUCCAACUCCAGACCUGCCGCUAACUUACCAUGAGCUUCACAUUUCUGUUUCUUUUUUUUUUCCCCUCAUAAAAUCUUUUAAAAGAUUUCCUGGAUGCACUCUCUACCAACUUCUCUUCCUUGCUUUGGCUACCCUGGUUUCAAGGGAGGCUGCCAAGUGUAUUCUUUUAGCUGGGCAUGGCCCUCCCUCCAGUUAUACCGCUGUUUUUUAUCUAAGGAUGAAUGAGAGACUGGAUGUUGAUGAGGUCAUUAUCAGAUUCUGCCACAGCUCCCAGCUGAGGGAAUCUUGCAUUCGUAGGUGUAAAGCUUUGAAGGAAAAAGAUUUAAUUAGAACGUCUGAGUCAGACUGUUACUGCUACAAUCAAAAUUCCCAAGUGGAGUGGAAAUACAUAUGGUCGACUAUGCAGGUGAAAAUUACCAGUUCAGGCCUGUUCAGAAUUGUAUACAUCACAGAAAGACAUAAUUGCCAAUAUCCAGAAACCAUUUUAUCUUUUAUCAAAUGUGUGAUUCAUAACUUUUGGAUACCAAAAGAAUCUAAUGAAAUAACCAUAAUCAUCAAUCCAUAUGGAGAGACUGUGUGCUUCUCUGUGGAGCCUGUCAGGAAGAUAUUUAACUAUAUGAUACAUGUGAAUCGAAACAUCAUGGAUUUCAAACUCUUCCUUGUGUUUGUGGCAGGAGUUUUUCUUUCCUUUUAUGCAGAGACCCUGAGUCAAAGCCCUACUUUCUAUUACUCUUCGGGAACUGUGCUAGGUGUUCUAAUGACAUUAGUCUUUGUCUUGCUGUUGGUGAAACGAUUCAUUCCGAAGUAUAGCACCUUUUGGGCUCUAAUGGUUGGUUGUUGGUUUGCUUCAGUUUAUGUUGUGUGCCAGUUGAUGGAAGAUCUGAAGUGGCUGUGGUAUGAAAACAGGAUAUAUGUAUUAGGCUAUGUCUUGAUAGUUGGAUUUUUCAGCUUUGUUGUUUGUUACAAGCAUGGGCCCCUUGCAGAUGACAGGAGCAGAAGUCUUCUGAUGUGGACACUACGACUCCUCUCCCUGGUUCUGGUCUAUGCUGGUGUGGCCGUGCCUCAGUUUGCCUAUGCAGCCAUAAUCCUCCUCAUGUCCUCCUGGAGUCUGCACUACCCACUGAGAGCCUUCAGUUAUAUGAGGUGGAAAAUAAAGCAGUGGUUUACAUCGAAAGAGCUGGUGGUGAAGUAUCUUACAGAAGACGAGUAUAGGGAGCAAGCUGAUGCUGAAACGAACAGCGCUCUGGAGGAGCUGCGCCGGGCCUGCCGAAAACCCGACUUCCCCUCGUGGCUGGUGGUCUCCAGACUCCACGCUCCUAGAAAAUUUGCAGACUUUGUUCUUGGAGGAAGCCACUUGUCACCUGAAGAAAUCAGUCUGCAUGAAGAGCAGUAUGGCCUUGGGGGUGCCUUCUUGGAAGAGCAGCUCUUUAACCCAAGUACUGCCUGACAUGCGACCUUCAAGUUGACUUCAUUCUGGACAAGGAAGUGGGCAAAGGGUAGGGAUUCUAUUAAAGUUAGGCAGAACUGUUCUAGUGAACAGUGGCAAAAACAUUUGCUGUGGAGAAAAACAAGUCAUUCUGGAAAGGAAAACUAACCCAUUUUGAAGAUAACUUAACAUUCUUGGUGAGUUCUGCUAUUUACUGUACUGUAGGUGGAUACCAAGAUUCUGUGACAGCCACUACCACCUUCCUUGAAUGAAGGCUUUCAUUAGGAACAGGGGAAUGGCAUUGUUCUUCAAGGGGCUAAUAAGCGUGAACAGGUGCUUUGUCAACACCAGGGCCCUAAAUCCGCUCUUAAUCCCCUGAACCUGUGUCAGAAGACUCUGCAAUACUCUUCCUAUAUUUCAUCAGUAUAAGUCCUAAAAGAGACCUGAGACAUGCUGGACCAGUGUUUUCCAAAGUACAGCUCACAGGAUACUACCGAGUGUUGGUCAGUAAAGGUAUUCUGAGGUCAGCUAAGAUUGAUAUAAAGUUAAACUAAUGUACCUCUCAGAGUCAUUCAUAAUGCUCAUGUGCACUGUGAAUCUCCCAAAGAGGAGAAAGUGUGUGCUGCAGUUUCUUGCUUAAUUUGACCACAGAACUCUUUUUCAUGAGAUUAAUAUUCCUUGGAACACAUGUUUGGAAAGUGCUAAUGGCGGUGGAAUUGAGCUCUGGAGAGGUUAAACAACUUGUGCAAGACCACACUGAGAUUCAGCACUGGUAGAAAUCCAGCCCUGGUGUAUCCUUUGACUCAGGUAGAUAAGAUCUUCAGGUGCAAACUUAGAAGCCAUCUUCCAAAGCCAUGGGCCUCACAAUGUUGGUGGCUUUACUUUUUAUUUUUCAAUAAUGGCCAACUUGCUAUUUAACUGUGAUAAAGGGAAAUGUUUCUUAAGACAUUUUAAAGUUUUUUAUACAUAAGAUUUUUAUAUACAUACAUAAGGAUUAGAUACUAUGAUUACUUUUUUUUUUUGUAUUUUGAAAUUGAAGGCAUUUAACUUCUUGUGACAUUUUGAAUUGACUGAUCCAUUUAAAAAAUUGUUUAACUAUAUGUGUUUAUAACAGUUUCUUACAAAACAAUUUUUUUCUUGAGUCAUGAUAUUAAACUCCAGAGUGCAAUGAGGGGCUGUGAGCUUUGACCCUGAGGAAAGAAGGCCAAAACAUAGAUCUGGGAAAAGAUUUGAACAUGGCAAGACAAUCUCAGGGUUAAGAUGUUGCUUAGUUGAUUCUGAGAAUCAAAAUCAGGCUUUUUUUCCUGUGAUGGGAUCAUAAAAAUCUUUUUAUCAGGACAAGGGUUAUGGGGGAAGGAUAGACAGAAUUUUGGCACUGCUGCUUUCCUGAGCCAAAUUUAGUAGUUUUUCUAAAUCAUGAAAAAAGAGCAUGACUAUCCAUCUGGAACUUUCUAGAUUGAUUUUCAAAUGAUAGUUCCUCUUUGAAGUAUUUACAGGUCUGUUUUUGCCAGACAUCUUUUCAUACUAGGAACUUCGUUUUUUUGUAAUAUCCACUAAAGUUAAUCUGCCUUUAUAUGGACUUGGAUUUUUAAAGAACCAAAGGAUGUAUUUCCCAUUCAGAUUUAUGGUAACUAUUUUAUGAGUAAAUAGAAGUUUGAACAUUUUUCUUAUGGUUUAAUCUGUUUUUUUAUAAUUAUAUUUAUUGGUGAUAUAAAUGUAUCAGAUGUGUCAGUGCCUGUGCUCACCAAGUUCGUCUUCUAAGAGGCAGUUUGUGUGGUACAACAUAUGCGUAUGAGUAAAUAACACAUAAACAAUCUGCUGGGGCUGCCAGGUAUGUCCCAGCCAGAACAGCCACUGGGCCAGGGGGAAGAGGUACUGCCGAGGGAAGGAAGCAGCUCUUCAUGGGCAGCUAGCCAGGUGUAACCAUCACAAUAAGAACAGCCAAAGAGAGAACAACAAUAGCAGUCCUCCAGGAUAUUGUUUUCCAUGUUUAUUUUUAGAAGAAAUCAUAGGUUUGUCAGUUUCUGCUUUGUGACUACUGUGAGAAGCUAAACAAUUAAAAGCAUUACUUGUGAUAUUUUUAGUGUAUUUAUGUUGUUUUCAUUUGAUUUGGGGGUAUAUUAUAGUACUGAUCACAGUUCUAAUCCCCAUCAAGCAAUGUACAGAUAACUCUUGUAAGAAAUGUGUCCCUCCUUUCUUUCCUCCCUUCUCUUCUCUUUCUCCCUCACCUCCUCUCUCCUCUCCUCCUCCCUUUUUAAAGUCCUUUGAACAGUUUAAACGACCACUAAAUAAAAUGGCUCUGCCCUUCA